CAUGACCGCAGUCUCUCAUGUCUUGCGUCUUCAUAUGAUUCUCCAUUCCCUCCUUGCUUGUCCCUAAACCUACGCGUUGGCUGCCCAAAUCAUGUUCCAUCAGGGCGACCUUCAGAGUGGCAUUGGACUCGCCGUUCAACAGUCCAAAGCCGUGCUCUGUUUCAUACAAGAUGAUACGGAUGCCAGCGCACAGUGGGAAGAAAUUCUCAAGGACGAUUCUUUGUCCUCUGCCAUUGCAGCCCAGACCAUUGCACUGCGCCUCCAGGCUGGCUCGCAAGAGGCGGCCUUCUUACAACCGAUCGCCCCAAUACAGAGUACUCCGGCUGUAAUAGUUAUCAAGAAUGCUCAACUACAAGCCAAUAUCCAGGCCGGACAAACAACCCCCGGAGACCUCAAAACCCGCCUCCUUUCGUUAUUUGGUAUAGAAACAGAAGGAAACACAGAAGCCAGCCAACAAGAGCACGUUGGGCGCACCGAUGCUACCACAGAACAGACAUUCAUACCAUCUUCAUCAAUCCAACACCUUGACCUCCAGCCAGCUCCUGGCCAGAUGAGACUACCUAAUAAUGCAUAUGAUGCCCUGCGAAAUCACACUCAGAAACUCUUGGACGAGGGGAACUCAAGCGCUGAAGUCUUUCAGACCCAGCUUUCCCUCAUGAACAACAUCUCCAUAUUCCACGAUGAGGUUUCGAGACUCCGAUCCUCAACAGCACCCCCAGAACUCUCCGAAUAUGCUCGAUCGCGGUUACUACGGCUCCCUGCUGUAGGUCUGAAAAUCCCCGGUCUACGCAAAUCCUCUGCCGCCGCUCCAUCCUCAUCCCACGAUGCGCCUGUGCCGUCAUCUUCCUCCUCCCAGCCAGCCCCAACCACCACAUCAAUGACUUCGCCACCUCCGAAUCUACCACAAUCACAACCCCCUACAGCCAUUACCACCACUAGUUCAAACCCCGCAACCUCAUCCCAACCCAAAGUCGGUUCGAAAUCAGACCCGGACAAACAAAAAGCCCAACGAGCUGAAUAUAUCAAACUACAACGAGAACGCGAACAGAAAGCCCGCGAUGAACGAGAACGAGUGAAAGCACAGAUCAAAGCCGACAGAGAAGAACGUCGCCGACUAGAUGACUUAAGAAAAGGCAUUCUACCUCCGGGCGACUCCACCACGGCAUCCUCAAGCUACGCUCGGUCCCAACGUCCCAAUAACAGUGAGAUCCGGAUACAAGUCCGAACAUUCGAUGGCAGCACCCUACGGUCUACCUUCGCCCCAUCAGCAACCUUAUCCACAGAUGUAAGACCAUGGAUCAAUUCCACAACGGAGAACACAAUACCAUAUAACCUGAAAUUAAUCCUAACACCAUCACCCAUUCGAAGCAUCGAGGCCAGCGAAGAAGAGCUCACCCUAAGCGAUCUUGGAAUCGUCGGCAGCUGUACACUGGUCAUGGCCCCGGUCAAGGGCUACGUAGAAUCCUACACUGGCAGUUCUGCCGGUGGAAUGUUGAGUUCCGCCGUCAGCGGAGGGUAUAAUUUGGUCAGCGGCACCGCAGGAUUUGUGUUUGGCGGUGUCAAGAACAUCCUUGGCUAUGGUCAACCAUCGGAUGCGCCGUCGUCUUCAUCGAGCUCUUCCGUUCUUGGUGGUGGAGGACCCGGCUCUGAAUCUGGCUCUGGCCCGUCUGAUCGCGAUGUGGCGAAAGUCAGGGUUAGAACCCUGGCGGAUCAGAGAGCUGAAGCUGCUAAGCGUGGGAACCAGUUUUAUAAUGGCAACCAGUUGAAUUUCGAGCCGAAGAAGAAAGACGAUGAUGAGGAUGAUGGUAAUGGGUAAUGGUGAUGGUCGUCGGAGUAAAAAGGAUUGAUUCUCUUCUACCAAGCAAAGAGCCUAGAGUAGAUGAUAGAGAAACAGCCUAUUUCCAACUCAUGCUCUCUGGGGGUUUGAAUAUCUGAUUU